AUGACUAUAAUUGAGCAACAGAAAGCUUAUCAUUUAAGAAAAAUGAGAACACGUAUGCAAAGAAUGGAUACCAACCAAGAUGGCUACAUCUCACGCGAGGAUUUUCAGCUCAUGGGCAAAAAAUUGGUAGAAUACACUUCUGAAAUCACUAAAGAAAAAUCUGAAACUAUUUUCGCGACAUUUGCGAUGGUUGCAGAUUUAAUGGGUCUCAAGCCUAGCGUGAAAAUACCGUUAGAGGAAGCGGCGAAGAUCGCCAGUGCUGUCUUGCUGUCUCCAACUGGAGAGAAACCGUCAGGAGUCCAUGAUAUGCUGUUUAAUUGCAUCGACACAAACAGCAAUGGAACCAUAUCCAUGGAAGAGUACAAAGUUUACUUCAAAGUUAUCGGGCACAAUAUAACCGACGAGGAAAUCAAGCAUUGUUUUGACACCAUCGAUUCAAAUGAAAACGGUGUAAUUAGUCGCGACGAGUUCGUUGCUGCGGCAAAGGAAUUUUUCUACGGAGUGGAAGAAACAGAACUAUCGAAUGUGUUUUACGGAAAAUUACUGCCUAAUUGA